CCGGAAGGGGAAGGAAUAAACCACGUGCUCCUCGUGUUUGCGUCACGUGACGUAGGCUGAAGUGUCGCCACGUCGUCAGUAAGAAGCAGGAAGCAUCUGAAUGAGUCCUGAGCAGAGCAGAAGAAACACUACAUGAUGUCUCAGUUCCAGGAGGUGCUAAAGCAGUCCGGUCUGCAUCCUAAACCAGCAGGUCUGGUUUUACAGUACGGCACGGCUGGCUUCAGGACCAACGCCAAAAAGCUGGACCACAUCAUGUUCAGGAUGGGUCUGCUGGCAACGCUCCGCUCCAGAAAGACCAAAGCGACCAUCGGAGUCAUGGUGACGGCGUCGCACAACCCCGAGGAGGACAACGGCGUGAAGCUGAUCGACCCGAUGGGGGAGAUGGUGACGCCGACGUGGGAGGGAUACGCCACCCAGCUGGCCAACGCUGAGCAGGAAGAUUUGCUCACAGCUCUGAAGGACGUCAUAGAGAAGGAGGCCAUAGACAUGAGCCAGGAGGCAGACGUGUUUGUGGGUAAAGACACCAGGAGCAGCAGCGCCAGUCUUUCACAAGCAGUGAUGGAUGGAGUUUCUGCUCUCGGUGGUCACAGCAAAGACUAUGGUUUGGUUACCACCCCUCAGCUGCACUACAUGGUCUGCUGUCAGAACACAAAGGGUAAAUACGGAGACGCCACAGUGGAGGGAUACUACAGCAAACUGUACCAAGCUUUCAUUCAGCUCACCAAGAGUGUGUUGAACCGCACUGACGACCAGAAGCACCUGAGCGUGGACGGCGCUAACGGCAUCGGGGCCCUGAAGGUUCGGGAGAUGGAGGCUCACCUGAAAAAGGAGCUGCAGAUUUCCCUCUUCAACGACGGCAGCAAAGGAAAGCUGAACCACCAGUGUGGAGCUGACUUCGUCAAAGUGCAGCAGAAACCUCCAACAGGCGUUGAGAUGAACCCAGGAGAACGCUGCUGCUCCUUCGACGGCGAUGCUGACCGGAUAGUUUAUUACUUCAUCGACUCCGAGGGACAGUUUCACCUGCUGGACGGAGACAAGAUAGCGACGCUCAUCAGCACUUUCCUCAAAGAGCUGCUCACACAGGCUGGUGUAGACUUGAAGAUGGGAGCAGUGCAAACUGCUUAUGCUAACGGAAGCUCGACACGCUACCUGGAGGACACGAUGCAGGUUAUAGUGAGGUGCACGAAGACUGGAGUGAAGCAUCUUCAUCACGCAGCUCAGGAGUUUGAUAUCGGCGUUUACUUCGAGGCUAACGGACACGGAACUGUGUUGUUCAGUAAAGCAGCUGAGGAGAUAAUCCAGCAUCUCGCUGAGGACGCCAACAUCAACGACGAGAGGAAAAGAGCAGCUCGAAUGCUGCAGAACACCAUAAACGUUAUCAACCAGACUGUUGGAGACGCCAUCGCUGACAUGCUGCUAAUUGAGGCCAUAUUAGCCAUCAAAGGGAUGACCAUUCAGCAGUGGGACUCCAUCUACAGCGACCUGCCCAACAGGCAGCUCAAAGUCAAGGUGGCGGACCGCCGGGUUAUCGACACAGCAGAUGCAGAGAGACGAGCGGUGAGUCCGGCAGGGCUGCAGGACGCCAUCGACUCUUUGGUGAAGAAAUACAGAAAAGCUCGGUCUUUCGUGAGGCCGUCCGGCACCGAGGAUGUGGUGAGAGUUUACGCCGAGGCAGAGACGCAGGAGAGUGCAGAUGAUCUGGCUCAUAAAGUCAGCCUGGCGGUUUAUCGACUCGCCGGUGGAGUCGGCGGCGAACCAAAACAGCUGCUUUAACAAAACAAUCGGUGCUUUUUUUCCACCAUCCCAGCUCAUUUUCUCAAGCUGGGAGGUAGCAGGAUACUUUAUAAUGCUAUUUGCACUUGAUGAUUCACUCCAGUUCUUUUCUCUGUGACUGUGAUUACAAACGGGGACACAAUGAAGGGACAUUGUUGUACUUGUAUAUGGUAGAAAUACUCUAAGCUGAUGUAUUGAUUGAUACGAGGUACUAAUGAGGGAUUUAAUUCACUUUGUCUUACUGUAACUUCCUACUAAAUCAAACCUCUUUCAACUGUUA